AAGACUCUGACCAGCGUCUUCUGUAGACUAGUUCUAUUAGACUGAAGCCUAAUUCACUGGCUUCUUUGGAUCCCUUGUCACUAAGUCAAUUUUCAGACAAAGCUGCUGUGGAAAGAGCCAAGUAAAAGGACAUCUCCCUUUGGCCAAACGAGCUAGGAGUACAGCUGAGUGGCCUUAAGGAGAAUCCAUGGAGCCCAAGAAGCUGCUGAACAUUGGAUUUCUGCUGUGUUCCAUGAGUUGCCUCUUGUUGGAGACUGCAGCUUCCUCUACAUCACCUUUAUCUGCCUUUGGAAUACAAGACAAAGCGGGAUCGAAACCACGCUCAAGGGGUGUGUUUGCUGUCAGGAUCAAUGUUCCUACUAUCUUUGUGAAACAUAAGACUCACGUCUCAGAAAACCACAGGUUCUGGCUCAAUAACUUCAGAGAUUACUUGUGGGAUCUCAUCAAGAGCUCCAUACCUCCAGCAGCUAUUUUUGCUUUUCUUCUCACCAUAGUCCUAGAGGGGACCCUCUGCUACCUCACUAUUCUUGUAGGUGAACCAGUCCAGUGAAGCUCUAGAAGAUUCAGUUGGGCAGAGUAUGCUAUUUGCUUACAACAAGGAAGUACCCAUGAAUUAAAAUUAAAUUGUCUUCC